UCAUUUAUGGACGGUCCCUUGCGCCCUUCGCAGGCCCUCUGAGGUCAAAGUGAUGGCCCCGAUUUGCGCGUUUGUUCACCUCGAUACAUUUUCUCUUCCCGUCUCCGCGCGUCCACUCCAAGCGCGUUUAGUCCACUUGCCGACAGCGGGAAAAUUGGUGGCAGGUAAGGUCGCAAAAACACGCGAGUGGCCACUGAUUAAUUUCUACGGGCAAUAAGAGCGGAUUUACUUGAUAACAAUUUUUAUAUUUAUUGGCAAUUAUCACAAGGCCAGAGAGUCUGAAGAACGGCCGUUUGAUGUUUCAGAUCAAAUAACGAAAACAACACAUUCGUAAAUAACAAUGGCCUUCAAGCGGGGGGGGGGGGGAAGUGUUCAAGUGUUCUGUAAUAUAAGCAGGCGACGUUUCAGGCCGGGGCCUCCUCCACGCGUGGGGAUGGGUGACCAAUGAGCGGUGCCGCCUGUCCGCGGUUUGACCAAUGGGCGGUGCCGCCUGUCCGCCGUUUGACCAAUGGGCGGUGCCGCCUGUCCGCUGUUUGACCAAUGGGCGGUGAGCAAGGCGACGGCCGGGGCGGUCGCCUAGCGACGUGACGCCUUCACCCGGCUCAAGGUACUUGCGUUGAGGAACCUGGCGAAUGGGAACGUGUAACGGCGUCACAAUAUCUGAUUAUUAUAUUCCUCUAAAAUGCGGUGUUAUAUAACCGAAAGUUGUUUUUUUUAGCAACGUGAACUGUUAUCGGCAUUGUCGCGAUUGAGCUGCGAUGCCAAAACGGGAACCCGGGCAGCCGCUCGCCGAACAGAAAGCGGAGGCCUUGCGAAGGCUCAUUUAUUUUUAAUGUCACAGUAAAUACAUUGCGUUACGACCACGUGUAACGUAUACUACGAGUGUCACAAUACUCACGUCGGUGUAUGUACAAGGGUGCAAAUUUGUAAACUCGAACGGGGUAGCCGCCUGAAUAUAGAUAAAAACAUUCGGCCAGUCUCUGAUAGCGGAGGCGCGCGAGUAGCGACUCAAACGCGGCCUCGCGAGGCGUGAAGGUUUAAGGGGCGCGUUUGUAAUCAGCGAACGCAAGCGAUUUCGUUUCCCUCCACUCUCAUUUACCCUCGGUGGUGGCGAGGUCCCUCUCGCUCGAGCCUUGCGACACUCACUUGCUGGCCUCUCUUACUAUUACACGACAUCGCAAACCAGUGGUUAAGUCAAUCGCGCGUAAACAAAAGCGGUUGCAUCUCACGCACCGCCUGGGUCACUUUGACACCAACUAUUGACCACUAGCUUCACACGUUAGUCACUCACUUGCUAACCAGUCGCACGCACACACGCACACAUACUAUUCAACUCUCGCGAACAUUAGCAAAAUCGAUCACUCUCACACCACCACCAACCACCACUACCCCCCCACCACCUCCACUGGCUGCCGCAUGCCAUGUCGGCCGAGGCCGUGAAGGUAGUGGUUCGAUGUCGGCCCACGAACGAACGCGAGAAGAACCUGGGCUGUAAGGUGGUCGUGAGUAUGGACACGGCGAGGGGCCAGUGCUUCAUUCAGAAGCCCGGGUCCGGGGACGAACCCAAACAGUUCACCUUCGAUGGCACCUACUUCAUCGAGAGCAGCACGGAGCAAAUCUACAACGACAUCGCCUACCCGCUCGUCGAGGGCGUGGUGGAGGGCUACAAUGGGACGGUGUUUGCGUACGGACAGACGGGCUGUGGAAAGUCUUUUACCAUGCAGGGCGUAUCGGAGCCAUCUGCCCAGCGAGGCGUCAUACCGCGUGCGUUCGAGCAUAUCUUCGAGAGCAUCCAGUGUGCAGAAAACACCAAGUUCCUUUUCCGAGCCUCAUAUCUGGAAAUUUACAAUGAGGAGAUAAGAGAUUUGCUUGGAAAAGACACGAAGCAGAGGCUUGAGCUGAAGGAGCACCCCGAGCGUGGCGUGUACGUGCGCGACCUGUCCAUGCACACGGUGCACAGCGUGGCGGAGUGCGAGCGCAUCAUGCAGGCGGGCUGGAGCAACCGCGCCACGGGCGCCACGCUAAUGAACAAAGACUCGUCGCGAUCGCACUCCAUCUUCAGCAUCCACCUGGAGAUGUGCACCACUGACGAUCAGGGCGAAGACCACAUCCGCGCGGGCAAGCUGAACUUGGUGGACUUGGCGGGCAGCGAGCGCCAGUCCAAGACCGGCGCGCAGGGCGACCGCCUCAAGGAGGCCACGAAGAUCAACCUGUCGCUGUCGGCACUCGGGAACGUCAUCUCGGCCCUCGUGGAUGGGCGCUCCAAACAUGUGCCAUACCGCGACUCCAAGCUCACGCGGCUACUGCAGGACUCCCUGGGCGGCAACACCAAGACGCUGAUGGUGGCGUGCAUCUCUCCUGCCGACAACAACUACGAGGAGUCGCUGAGCACUCUGCGCUAUGCCAACCGCGCCAAGAGCAUCCGCAACCGCCCGCGUGUCAACGAGGACCCCAAGGACGCGAUGCUGCGCGAGUACCGCGAGGAGAUCACCCGCCUCAAGGCCCUGCUCCAGGGACAGAUUGCAGCUCCCGGCCGACCUGCAGAGGUACCAAGAGCAAAGGAGGAAGUCAUUGCAGCUGUCGAUCACCAAGCUGAAAUUGAGAAGGAAAGGCAGAAGAUUCGACAGGAGUACGAGGAGCGGCUGUCGCGCGUGCGGGGAGACUUUGAGGCCCAGCAGCGCUCCAAGGCACGCUUGGAGGAGGCUCUGGACACCCUGCGCGUCUCCUACGAGAAGAAGCUCACCGCCGUGGAGGAGCGCCUCACCGCGGCGGUGGUGGUGCAAGCGGAGGUGAAGCACGAACAGGGGGUGGAGAGGCCAGGCACAGCUGCCCCACGGGCGCUGACGAGCGUGGAGCGGGCGCUGCCCCAAGCACAGAUUCCGGACGUGCGAGCGGCCAGCGCGCAGGUAGCGCGUCACAUCAACAGUGUGAAGAGCGUGGAGGAGCUGAGGGAGGGCACGCAAUCGGAGGCAGAGGCUGCCGAUCAGCCCAGCACCAUUGCCCUGUUGGAGAAGGAGGAGGUGCUGCGCAGGCUGAGCUCGCUCCAGCGCGACGUCGUGGGCGGGGAGCAGGCCAACAACCCCGAGCUGCACGAGCGGCGAAAGGAGCGCCGGCGCCUGGCGGAUGAGCGGCACCGGCGACUCAUGGAGAGUUUGCGCCUGGACCACGAGGCCGACGGCGAAGGGACGGGCGACAGCGACGAGGUGGUGAUGCGCGUCUUUGACUCCAUGAGGGACGAGGCAGAGGAGAAGGAGCGGCAGCUCAACAAGGGCCGCAAGAAGCUGCGAGCCGCGCAGGCGGAUAUCAACGACAUCCAGCAGGAGUUUGAGAGCGAGCGGCGCGACUACCUGGACACUAUCCGGCGGCAGCAGCGUGAGCUGCGGCUGCAGCAGCAACUGCUGGAGCGCGUGGCGCCGUGCCUGCGGCGCGACUGCAACUACGCCAACCUGGAGCGCGUGCGCAGCGAGGCCACGUGGGACGAGGACGCUCAGGCCUGGAGGCUGCCUGAGAUGGUCGUCACGCGCACCUCCCUGCCGCCAGCCGGUGGCAGCGGUGCACAAGCCAAGCCCUCGCGUCGCACCCCGCCGCACGAGAACGGGAACCACCAACACGAGGAUCGGUUCCUAGAGCGGUUGACGCGCGCCGAAGCCGAGGACGUGGCCGGGAACUACUUCAAGCCGCGUCGCGCCUCCCUGCUGCUUAACAAGGAGGCAUCGCGCAGUCUGGGUACAGAGUCGGCUCGCCGCGAUAUAAUACCUGGGCAUGGGCACAGUGCUCCAAGCAUCCCUGUAUCCCCACUCUCUGGGCCACUGGGGCUCUAUCCCCAGCCGGGACCCCUCGAGCCGCCCCCUAGUGCCCGGCCACACCGACUCGGAGCCCUCGAGGGGCCUCUGCCACUCACCGCCCAGCGAGGGAAGAAGAAACGGAACAAGCAGAGUCCGCACGGCAACUCGGAGGACAUGGAGGUGCCGCCUUUCUGAGGAAACGAGACCAAGAGGCCUGGACCUGAAACGACGGUUACGUGGCGUGUACGCGUGUACCCGCGUGGUCAUACGGUCAGGAAAAACACUACCCAAUACGAGCCCUGCAACACAUUGAUCUUCCGAUAUAAAAAUUGAGAAAGAUGAGGAGUUCCUGCAAGAUAACGUUUCUUGUUAUAGCAGGGUAAUGUCAACAUCACCUUUGACCAGCACACUCUGUAAGGGUAUAGGAGUGUACAGCUGGAAUCCAGAAUUUUAGAGGCAAGAGGUGGCAGACUGUGUGUGGAUUUGUUAAACUCUCUUCACCCAGCUGCUCGGUGGUCAGGAGAUGGCAGCACUGUAUGGGUUUGUUUAUGGUGCCACAGUGGCAAGAUAGUAACUACCUCGCCGAGUAUACAAGGUCUUGGGUUUGAUCCCUACCAUGGUAUAUUUGGAGUUUGCAUGUUUUUCCCCGUGGUCGCAUGGAUUCUUCUCUGGGUCCUCUGGUUUUUCCCUGUCUGUGUGGACCUAUAUUUUAAUUGUAUCCCCUGUCCAGAAACUUUGGUGUUUCCCACACUCGGAACACUCCUUGAGAAGGAAUUGGUCAACGAAUCGUUCCAACACAGGAUCCUUCUGAAAUACAUUCUUGAGAGGCUGUUCAGGAUAAAUAUGACAACUGAUGUCAUAACAUGUAAAAUCUAGUUUAACAAAUACGAAUCUAUUAAAAAUAUAUAUUUAUGAUAAAGACUGUUUGCUGUAAUAUUGUCUUGAUUCUACAGAAUCUGCGAUUUGUUAAGUGUGUUAAUCAUUGCCUUCAAAACAAAAAAUGUUACUUUCUAUUUGACAAAAGCUCGCCAUGAAGAUAAAUCUUUAUUUUGUUAUUUAUAUUUAAAAUUGUAUAUUGAUGGGUUUAUAGAAUUGUAAUCGUAACGGAGGCUGCUUUGGAUUUGAUCAUACCAAUGUGUCAAAGGCCAGUGUGUAAGUGCACACACUUUACUGGGUCUAAAUUUCUCAUUUUCAAAUUGGGUGUUGCAUGACCUCAAGAUGCCACAAAGCAAGUAUGCUCCCUUAAAGGAUGCAUUGCAUGCACCAGAUUGUCAUACUUGUUUUCUGUAAUAUUCAGAGGGCACAAGAGCAGUUACUUAAAUUUUUUACCAGAAAUGCACAUUUGACAUUUUCACCAAAGAACAAUAAACACCUUUUUGAACUAGUUGAACAUUUUGCUAUCAAUUGUAUGCGCUUUGACUGCACAACGCAAAAUCCGGCAUUUGCAUAAUUGCACUCCGUAACUUUUUCCACUGGUUGGCCAUUGGAAAUAAACAUAAGUAAUGCUGGAAUUUCCAAUUAUAUAAAUUAAUGGAUUACUGUACAGAUGUUUUAAUUUGAAUAAUCAGACAGCAUGUAAAUAGUUGGAAAAACAUUCUCACCCUUUGGUACCAUCUGUGCCGCUGGACGGGAGGUGGCGAGGGGCAGAGCUUGGGUGACGUCACGUUGGGUGUGGCUCGUCAACGGUUUCUCACCUUCGGGAGGCAGAAUGUCAGGGCAGCUGCUGUUUUUUCAGGGGCCAGAGGAGUCAAUCACAGAACAACGGUCACAAUGUUAAGUCGAUUAACCUACUUAAUCAACUUGUCACCCAGUCAUAAAAAGAGGUGAUUUAAAAAUAAAUAAAAUAAACCUCUUAAUGGAUUUUGUUUCAAUUCAGUGUAGUUAUGUUAUAAUCCAGUGAUUAAUUGGGAAAACAAAGAUCUUGGGUUUUAUUACCAUGUAUGAAAUGAUAGCCGUAUUUUAUUUUGUUUAAACUGGAGAACAUUGACAAUAUCUCAAACCCCAUUAUUCAUUGCACCAAAACUUGUAGUAGAGUAACUGGUUUAUGACCCAUGAUAAAUCUCUGAAAGUUUCUGGCUUUUAAAUGUAUGCAAAUGACAUAAAUUUGCAUUUUUAAAUCUUGUGUAUGACACAAUUGACUUAAGUUCCAUUAUCUCAUGAAGCCCAUGAUAUGUUAUGCUCAAACUUGUAGCGGGGUUAUAUUUUGGAUUCUGUUAAAGUUGAAUAGUUUUGUUCAUGUAUUUGACAGAUUUUUUUCACUAUGCACCAUGUAGCAAAAGUGUGUACAAAUACAAACAAAACUAAGUUACAAAACACAAUGAAAAUGAAUCCGUGUAUUUGUUAACCCACCUGUGACAUUGCACAUCUGACUUUUUCAUAAUAUAAAGUUAGUUAGAAUGAUUAUGUAAUUAUGCUUUGUCCUGAAGAUGUCACUUCUGGUGUUUGUCAACAUCUAGAAUUCCCUGAGAGAACUAGAGCAAUUUUAAAGUUAAAUUCCCAACAGUGCACAUUUCAAACAAGUACUAAUAUAACCAAAAUUGAAUGCCACAUCAAGUUUGAGGAUAAUUCUUCAUGGGAUUCGUGAGAUGUAAUUUUCACUUCCAAGUUUUGAAAUGCGUAAUAAAA